AAGAAAGUUGCAUGCUGUAUUUUAAAACCGUCCCGGCCAAGGGCCUGGAAAGAUUUUAUAUUAUGAGAGCCCAUAUAUGGAUAGUUGGUGUCGUUGGACUGUGUUUACAAUUGUGUUUAGCUGUGUUGGUGGGAUGUGCGCCAAAGCUUAGAAGUAGCCACGUGAUCAAAGCAAGGAGCUCGAUGAUUAGUUAUUACACUAAYAAGAAUCUUCCUGUUGCUGUUCUUAUCAAUGGUGAAGGAAGCUACAAAGACCAUGCUCGGAAAGUUCGCCAAGCUCUGGAAAGCGGAAGUGGAAGUGGAAGCGGAAGUGCAAGUGGUGUAGCGAUGAAGUAAUUGAUACACAGGAAGCCCAAGAUAAAUGUCUAGAUACACAUGUAUGUUAUUUCAUUUAGCUUUGUAAAAAGUCAUUUGAUUUCAUUGAAAUGGCAGAAAUAAAGAGAUUGGGAUAAAUGAAAAUAACAGCCAGGAUUAAUGGUCAUGAAGA